AUGUUCCGCGAACAUAUUACUAGGGCUGAGCUGAGCCCUAUGGAGGGAGUCUUUGGAUCAGCAGAAAGCCGCGAUCAGAUCACAUUCGAGCUCGAACAACCAUUAGCUUCUUCGAAAACGCUCAACGCAUUCCAAAUGCCGGCAGGAGACCACUCAUUUUUAUUCAACUUUCCGCUUCCAAGUAAGAUUCUCGACACAGUGACUGGGGCAAACAAUCAAUAUCACACAUAUCGGGUAGAGGUCAUUAUCGAGCGACGCCUCAAAAGCGAUUUCGUGGUCUUGCAGCCGGUUAGAAUAUACCAAGUUUCCGAUUUGGAAACAAGCUAUUUAAGGCCUCAUUGCCCGCUGACCCUCGAGGGCCACUCCAACGACAAUAUCCAGUAUUGCCUCUCCAUCACUGACCGAAAUGUUCCCUUUGGUUGCACAUUUCCAGUAGAAUGCUGGUUUGCACCGCUGUUAAAAUACGCCACACUCAACACUGUCACAAUCAAAGUGGUUGAGAAACAGACUGCGCGGUUGGAAGCUACUGCUGCAGAAUCAGUGCGACACAACUUACGGUUUAUCACUGCAGCACAAACCCAAACUGUUUUCUCAAAAACUAUCAAUUUCUCUCAAGCGGAUGAGUCACCGGUAGACGGUCUUUCGGAAAUUGAAUGGCGCUUUACUACACCAGUCUCUCUGCCCGAGAGUCUCGACGCGUGCUCGCAGAGUAUCUCGACCAGACAUAUCAAGAUCAGCCAUGAGCUCUCUAUCGCUGCUGAGUUCCGCGAUGAGGCGGGGGAUACGACAGCUGUGAUCACGCAAUUUGUUCCAUUUAAGAUAUAUAUGACAUCUAAUGUGAUCGGAGAAAAUGCGUUCAUUCGUGGGCAAGAUAUUCAACACAUGCAGGGAAGCCGAAGUCCUCCUCCAGCUUACACUGAGCGUUUUUCGGAUUUGAUAGUCUCGGCAGCUGCUCAACUGGAUCUAUGUGGGCAUCUGAUGCUAGCGGAGAUUAAUUCUCCGCGUUCGUCAAGUGAACAAAGUGCGAGUAUUCACACUGCUGAGCCUUCUCCCCGGUACGAAGAGGUCGUAUAG